AUGGCCCAACCACCCGGAACGCGCCGCCAAGCCAGAGCUUCCACCCAAUAUCAACGUCAACCGCAGAACUUCACGGCCUCGUCCUCGUCCCUCGCCGGCGCUUCAGCUGGACCGCUGGGAAACAGUCCGGCACACCCUCUGGCCGAGGGGAAAGUCGCUAUUCCCCGUCUCCUGGGCGCGGUGCAGCAGCCGCCGGCUCCAGACCGGAAUCGAGUGAAUCAUGCAUGCGAACCAUGCCGAAAACGCAAAUCCAAGUGCGAUGGUGUACAUCCGAUUUGCUCUCGUUGCAAGAACCAGGGAGUCGAUUGCAUGUAUGCAGACGGGAAGCGAGAAAGGCUGAAACGGCAGGUUUUCUUCCUAUUCCCUUUGUCUUUGUUUGAGGCACCGUCCCCAGCUGUCUGCUAUGCGCUUACCGGCAAGCUGUCUUUAUAUCUUUCUAAAGAGAAGUUUAGAAAUGCGCAAACGAUGGCCAUGAAGAUAAGCGUGUAUGAGAAACUCCUUACGAAUCUCAUGCCAAGCCAGAGUCCUGACAUUCAGCAAAACUCUUCUCUAGCCGAGGAGGACGUCUCGAUGUCAGAUGAAAAUUCUCCGCCUGCCGAUCAGACGAUUGAAGAUGAAAAUUCAGUGGUCUCUGCAGUUGCCUCUCCUCUACGAGGGUAUUCUGGACGCAGAAAGCCAGUGGAGUGUUUAGGGGAUGCUUCGACUGUCCGGUGGCUGGGCGCGCUUCUCGCAAAGCUGCAUUCGCCAAAUUUUAUCUCUGAGGCACAUAUCAUGUCAUUGGCCUCAUAUGAAUUUUCUUGGAAGUUCGAGACCUCACUGAAGAUAGAUGAAGUCAAUGAAAAAUGCACUUAUUUCUCUGGCGAGGUUGAACUGCCCCAACUGGCCAUAAUGGAUGAUGUGACCAUGCUACCGCCCAAAGAUGUUGCUGAUCUCCUGGUAAAUGCGUACUUCACCACGAUCCAUCCGCUGUUUCCCGUGCUCCCUAAAGUGAGGUUUCUAUCCAGAUAUAACUCAUAUUACCACAACAGGAGCGAUCCACUCACCGUUUACCCUUGGCUAGCUAUCCUGAAUAUGGUGCUUGCUCUCGGGUCCCUGUGGGCUCGCUAUACACAUGUACCGACUGGUGAAGUAGAGGACCAUGGCCUAUACUGUGCUCGAUCACAAGCCCUUGCACAAGGGAUAGUUGAUCCACGUACUUACCCUGGCACUUACCCUUCGAUAGAGCCCAUUCAACUUAUCGCGAUCAGAGGAAUGUAUCAGCUUGCCACUUACCAAGUUGCUGGAGCGUGGGCUUCAGUUACCACGGGAUUGAAGUUUGCCUAUACACGAGCUCUGAGUCUGGCAAACUCCGGACUCGAGCCUUCCAACGAAACAAAACAGCUCGAGGCAAGGGUUUGGCAUUCGCUUCAAUCUUUGGAGCAGUUUCUCUGUCUUCUAGCAGGAUUUCCGUCAGAGCUACAGGGUCAGCUGAUCCAUGCGAGUCAGCCUCAAGCUGGCCAACCUCCCCUUGCCAGCGGGCCCCCCUUGGCCGAUUUUGAUAUACCGUCUGUCGCCUCGGAGCUGGAAAUGUCCGCCGUCUACACUUUUGAUGAAGAAUUCCCGUCGAGCACGUUUAUAGCAGGGCUCCGGCUAGACGAACUUGUAGGCGAGACGCUUGCUUCCCUAUACGGCAUCCAAUCUCUCAACUACACCUGGGCACACACCCAACGCCUCAUAGCUGACCUGGAUAGCAAGCUAAAUCGCUGGCAGGGAGCCCUCGACCCGGGUUUUCCUUACCCUCUACAUCCAGUUGAUAUAUGCUGUCCUCCCUCUGUGAGCGUGACUUAUCUCUACCUCCGUUACAACAGCGCAAGGAUACUUAUCAAUAGACCCGCACUCUGUGACCCUUCUGAAUUAAUGUUAACGAUCCCAUACCAAUCCGAGGCAUCUCGCCAGAUGGAUUUAGAAGCAGCAACUCGCUGCGUUUCUGCGGCUAGACAGAUACUCCAGAUACUCCCGUCUAACAUGGAUCUUGUCGAACUCCAUGGCAAGACCCCCUGGUGGUGUAUAGUUCACUAUAUCGUUCAGGCUAGCUGCAUCUUAAUAAUGGAGAUAUCCCUCGAUGAGCCUCAUUUACCGUUGGAAAUCGACGAUCUCAUCAGCAGUUCGGAACGAGCUAUACGCUGGCUCUCGAUUCUUGCCGGCACAUGCGAUUCUGCGAAUAAUGCAUACAUCUGCAUAAGCAACCUACACCAUCUUGCACUAGCAAAGCGCGAAAGAGCAUCCCAAGAACAACUUUGA